CGGAAAGCCUACGCUUGGCUCCCAUUAUUUUAAAGUUAGAUUAGGUUUUCAUCAUUUCCCUCCAAUUCCCACACUCACUCUCUUUGAUUUUUUCUCUUAUCACUGAUUCCAUUGCCAUUCAUUACUCUUUCGCCACAUACACACUCAAAAAAGCCUCAGAAAGUUUCCCGAGAAACAAACAGGAGAACAAUAAGGCUACUUUGGCAUGGAUUCUGCAAUACAGACUUUCCAACACCGCCCAUUGUCUAUCAAAUUAUGGCCCCCUAGCCAGAGUACAAGGCUAAUGCUUGUAGAUCGAAUGAUCAAGAAUCUUACGACUCCAUCCAUUUUCUCCAGGAAGUAUGGCCUGUUGAGUAAAGAAGAGGCAGAGGAGGAUGCCAAGCAUAUAGAAGAUAUUGCUUUCGCAGCUGCAAGCCAGCACUUUGAGAAGGAGCCAGAUGGUGAUGGGAGUUCUGCUGUGCAAAUUUAUGCCAAAGAAUCGAGUAAGCUUAUGCUGGAAGUUCUUAAAAGAGGCCCCAGAGUAAAGGACGAUGGAGAUAUUAUAUCUGAGAAAGCUACUGCUGCUAAUGAUACAAUCUUUGAUAUAUCUGGAGGUCGCAGGGCUUUUCUUGAAGCAGAGGAGGCCGAGGAGCUUCUAAAACCACUAAGGAAACCAAACUCGUAUACUAAGAUUUGUUUCAGUAAUAGAAGUUUUGGCUUGGAUGCCGCUCGUGUUGUUGAGCCCAUUCUGAUAUCCCUUGAGGAUCAAUUGACAGAAGUUGACCUAUCAGAUUUUAUUGCAGGACGGUCGGAGGAAGAUGCUCUGAAGGUCAUGAACAUAUUCUCUUCAGCCCUGGAAGGUUGUGUUUUGAGAUAUCUGGACCUUUCAAACAAUGCCAUGGGUGAAAAGGGUGUCAGGGCAUUCACAUCACUCCUAAGGUCACAGAAGAAUUUGGAGGAGCUUUAUUUGAUGAAUGAUGGUAUCUCAGAGGAAGCUGCAAGAGCAGUUUGUGAGCUAAUUCCUUCCACUGAGAAGCUUAGGGUUCUUCAGUUUCAUAAUAACAUGACUGGAGAUGAAGGUGCACUUGCUAUAUCUGAGAUUGUGAAGCGUUCUCCAGCAUUGGAGGAUUUCCGGUGUUCUUCUACAAGGAUAGCCUCUGAAGGGGGAGUUGCCUUAGCUGAAGCACUAGGGAUUUGCAGCCAUCUAAAAAAGCUUGAUUUGCGUGACAACAUGUUUGGCGUUGAAGCUGGAGUUGCUCUGAGUAAGGCUAUACCAGUCUUUACAGAUCUUACUGAGAUUUAUCUUAGUUACCUUAACUUGGAGGAUGAGGGGGCAGAAGCCCUCGCCAAUUCUCUAAAGGAUUCUGCACCUUCUCUUGAAGUUCUGGAAAUGGCCGGAAAUGACAUCACUGCCAAAGCUGCUGCUACUUUAGCAGCCUGUAUAGCAGCAAAACAAUUUCUCACCAAGUUAAGCUUGGGUGAGAAUGAGCUGAAGGAUGAAGGUGCAAUUGUAAUCAGCAAGGCAUUGGAAGUGGGCCAUGGCCAAUUAAACGAAGUUGACCUGAGCGCAAAUUCAAUUAGAAGGGCUGGGGCAAGGGUCCUGGCACAGGCUGUUGUGCACAAACCUGGAUUUAAGUUGCUAAAUAUCGACUCCAAUUAUAUAUCUGAUGAAGGGAUUGAUGAGGUUAAGGAUAUAUUUAAGAAUUCCCCUCAUAUGCUUGGGCCUUUGGAUGAGAACGACCCUGAAGGAGAAGAUCUUGACGAGGAGGCUGAAGAUGAUAAUGCUGAUAGUGAGAAUGAAUUGGAAUCACAACUCAAGAACCUUGAAAUCAAGCAGGAUGAAUAGAGCUGUCUCAUGCUUCAAGGCAGUAGCCAACUGCCAUGGAUUGAUCUGAUUUGAACUUUAUCUAGACUCUUUGAUUUUUGGUUUAACAAGUAUGUUUCUGUAAUAGCUAGUUAGUCUAGCUGCAUUAGUUGGGUGCGUGUAAUGGAUCUAUCUGUUGUAGGUUAUGUUGGAGACUUCCAUGAUUGAGAACACCCCUUUGCCCCUAGCCUAUGAAUUAGUUUUUAAUAUUCCUGAGAAAAGUUGUAUCCUUUUGGGCUGUGUGUUAUGGAUAUCGGGAUUGGACCGAAUUGCGGCCAAUGCUCAUCCAUGUUAUGCUUAGUUGGAUACCAAAAAUAUCUUAAAA